CUCCCCCUCUGCCUGUCUGGCCCUGGCACUUUGCAAAUCGCCGGUUUUGCGCACCCUCGCGGUGGGCGUUCUCCACUUUGCAUCCUGCCCUGGGUCCUUCCUCCACCGCGGUGGCCGAGCACAUGCAUCUUUAUCUGGGGCUCGCUCACGCACGCCCUCGCCCGCACCCUGCGACUCCUCACCUGCCCCGGCUCGCCCUGGCAGCUCGUCCCCGCCUCCCCUCGCAUCCCUGACCCUGGCAUCCCUUCAUCCCGGCCUGCUCGGGUCCAGAGUGCCCAGACGCGGCUGUGGCGGCUGUGCCGAGCUGGUGUGGGAAGCCAAGGCAGGAAAGGCGAACCCAAGUGGGUAGUGAGAGGCUAGCCGAGUCCGUGGGAGCCAGGGAAGACCGAGAGGAGCGAGACAGCGAGAGUGUGCUGAGCGCUGCCCGGGCCGGGGCGGACGCGUGCGGUGGCUCCGAGUCCUCGGAGAGGCGCCCCAGCCCCUGCAGUGAGCCUGCCCGGCUGCGCCCUGGAACCCGGGCACCCAGAGACCAGAGGUCUGCGGAGAGGUACCCGAGAAAGAAAGCACCGAUUCGGAGAGUCCGCCGAGGGGAAACGCGGAGGCUGAGAGAAUGGAGGAACAAUGCCGCCUCCAGAAGCAAAGCAUUUCUUGAACCUUCGCUGGAGUGUGGAGUCUGCUUUCUGCUCUGCUCUGCCUGGGCCUUGAGGCUACUUCUGGGCUUGGUUCCGCCUCUUAGUUUGACAGGAAUUAGAAAGUUGCUCUUCUUCUCUGCCACGUUUCCUGCGAAGCGGCUUUUAGAUCUGCGUGCUGGUUCAAGUCAAGAUGUCACUUUCUAGAUCCCCCGCGAGGAGCAACUAAUAGAUUAUGCAUUGUUGGGCAAUAAACUCUCCCGGGAAGAGAAGGGUAGUACACCCAAACGUUUAAACGGGUCUCCACUGACUCCUACCUGCCUCAGCACAAUGCCUUCAAAUCACCUGAUGGCAAGGUCUUCUGCUACACUGACUGGAAUCAUUUCCUAGAAUGAACUUUCAUGACAUUGGAAUCAUAGAGUUUGUUCUGUUUUGAUAUAGAUCCACAGUUAACUGGAUUUGACUUGUAAGAGUCAAUGGCCACUCUCAAUGCAUUGACACUAUGGAAAACUGAAUGGUCAACAGGAGAUGGUCUGAUGAGCAGUGGUGACUGAAGAUGCUGUUUCAGUCUGUGAGAAGUCAAUGGGAGCUGUGUGCUGCAUGAAGAACACUCUGAGCUUUCCUUAACAAGCUAACAUUUGAGAAGCUGGAGGUGCAUCCUACCACCAUUUCAUCUUUCUUAAGUGGAUACAAAUAUAUUUGCCUCACUAUACCAGAUAAUUAGACAACUAAUGUGGGACCAUGGCACUUCCCAGAUGCAUGUGGCCAAAUUAUGUUUGGAGAGCCAUGAUGGCAUGUGUGGUACACAGGGGACUGGGUGCCCCAUUGACUCUCUGUUUGUUGGGAUGUUUGCUACAGACUGUCCACGUGCUCUCUCAGAAACUGGAUGAUGUAGACCCAUUGGUUACUACUAACUUUGGCAAAAUAAGAGGGAUUAAGAAAGAACUCAAUAAUGAAAUCUUGGGGCCUGUCAUUCAGUUUCUUGGGGUUCCAUAUGCUGCUCCACCAACAGGCGAACAUCGUUUUCAGCCUCCAGAACCACCAUCUCCCUGGUCCGAUAUCCGGAAUGCCACUCAGUUUGCUCCUGUAUGUCCCCAGAAUAUCAUUGAUGGCAGAUUGCCUGAAGUUAUGCUUCCUGUGUGGUUCACUAAUAACUUGGAUGUGGUUUCAUCAUAUGUUCAAGACCAGAGUGAAGACUGCCUGUACUUAAACAUCUAUGUUCCAACUGAAGAUGUAAAAAGAAUAUCCAAGGAAUGUGCCAGAAAACCCGGCAAGAAAAUAUGUAGAAAAGGAGGUCCCCUUACAAAGAAACAGACAGAUGAUUUAGGGGAUAAUGACGGUGCUGAAGAUGAAGAUAUUCGGGACAGUGGGGGUCCCAAGCCAGUGAUGGUGUACAUCCAUGGUGGCUCUUACAUGGAAGGCACUGGAAAUCUAUAUGAUGGGAGUGUCUUGGCAAGCUAUGGCAAUGUGAUCGUCAUCACAGUCAACUAUAGGCUUGGGGUACUUGGCUUCUUGAGCACAGGGGAUCAGGCUGCCAAAGGAAACUACGGGCUCCUUGACCUCAUCCAGGCUCUAAGAUGGACUAGCGAGAACAUUGGGUUCUUUGGCGGUGACCCCUUGCGAAUCACUGUGUUUGGAUCAGGCGCUGGGGGUUCAUGUGUCAAUCUGCUGACUUUAUCCCAUUAUUCUGAAGGUAACCGUUGGAGCAAUUCAACCAAAGGACUUUUUCAACGAGCAAUAGCUCAGAGUGGAACAGCCCUUUCCAGCUGGGCUGUUAGUUUCCAGCCUGCAAAAUAUGCUAGAAUGCUGGCCACAAAGGUUGGCUGCAAUGUGUCAGACACAGUAGAGUUAGUGGAAUGCCUGCAGAAGAAGCCUUACAAAGAACUUGUCGAUCAAGAUGUUCAACCAGCCCGAUACCACAUAGCUUUCGGACCUGUGAUUGAUGGUGACGUAAUUCCGGAUGAUCCUCAGAUUCUGAUGGAGCAAGGGGAGUUCCUCAACUAUGAUGUAAUGUUAGGAGUCAACCAAGGAGAAGGGCUAAAGUUUGUUGAAAAUAUAGUAGAUAGUGAGGAUGGGAUAUCAGCCAGUGAUUUUGACUUUGCUGUUUCUAAUUUUGUUGAUAAUUUAUAUGGAUAUCCUGAAGGCAAGGAUGUUUUGAGAGAAACCAUUAAGUUCAUGUAUACUGACUGGGCUGAUCGCCACAACCCUGAAACCAGAAGGAAGACAUUGUUGGCUUUGUUUACGGACCAUCAGUGGGUAGCACCUGCUGUGGCUACAGCAGACCUUCACUCAAACUUUGGUUCACCUACAUACUUCUAUGCCUUUUAUCAUCAUUGCCAAACAGAUCAAGUUCCAGCUUGGGCUGAUGCAGCUCAUGGAGAUGAGGUUCCCUAUGUGUUGGGAAUACCCAUGAUUGGCCCUACAGAGUUGUUUCCUUGCAAUUUCUCCAAGAAUGAUGUGAUGUUGAGUGCAGUGGUAAUGACAUAUUGGACGAAUUUUGCUAAAACAGGUGACCCAAAUCAACCAGUUCCUCAAGACACAAAAUUCAUUCAUACCAAACCCAACCGCUUUGAAGAAGUAGCAUGGACCAGAUAUUCCCAGAAAGACCAACUUUAUCUUCAUAUUGGAUUAAAACCAAGAGUCAAAGAGCAUUACAGAGCCAAUAAGGUAAAUCUCUGGUUGGAGCUGGUACCUCAUCUGCAUAAUCUCAAUGACAUUUCUCAGUAUACCUCGACAACAACUAAAGUGCCAUCGACCGACAUCACUCUCAGACCUACAAGGAAAAAUUCCACGCCCGUGACAUCAGCCUUUCCCACUGCCAAACAGGAUGAUCCCAAACAACAACCCAGUCCCUUCUCAGUGGAUCAGAGGGACUACUCCACAGAGCUGAGUGUCACCAUUGCAGUGGGGGCAUCUUUGCUGUUUCUGAACAUCUUGGCCUUUGCAGCCCUGUACUACAAGAAGGAUAAGAGAAGACAUGAUGUCCACCGGAGGUGCAGUCCUCAGCGCACAGCUACCAAUGACCUGACUCAUGCUCCAGAAGAAGAAAUCAUGUCCCUCCAAAUGAAGCACACUGACUUGGAUCAUGAGUGUGAGUCCAUCCAUCCACAUGAGGUGGUUCUUCGGACCGCCUGCCCCCCAGAUUAUACCCUAGCGAUGAGGAGGUCACCUGAUGAUGUUCCUUUAAUGACACCUAACACCAUCACAAUGAUUCCCAACACUAUACCAGGGAUUCAGCCCUUACACACAUUCAACACAUUUACUGGAGGACAAAACAAUACACUGCCCCAUCCCCACCCCCAUCCCCAUUCACAUUCAACAACCAGGGUAUAGCCAGAUGAGAGAGAAAAACUGAUUUUUUUUUUCUGAUGGAGUACAGUAAAAGAUUAUUGAUGAUUCCUUGGCUUUCAACUUGGAAGACUCUCACUAUUUAACUAAGGAGGAAUAUUAUGUGAAUAUACAUAUCAAGAACUUUGGGGGUUUUGAAAAACGAAUUGUAUAUAGAUAUACACACAAAUCAACUUUAAAAAAAACAAAUUUCAAUUGCUUGAAGCAAUUGUUCUGAAUGAUACUUUUUCAUUCACAUUCAAGAAUUAAUUUGUUGAAGAUUUAAGUUGCAUACUGGAGUUAGGCAUGUGGACCAUCAAACAGGAAAGUACUGUGUCUGAAAUACUUAACAAAAAAAAAAAAAAAAAAGAAAAAAGAAAAAAAAAAGAAAAAGAAAAAGAAAAUCAACUAUGAAUAUGCACAAGGGACACAGCAAUGGAAUGUCAGAUAAUUUCCGUCAGUUUUCAUUUGGAGCCCUUUUAUUGUGUAGACCAUAUUUGUGUAAGUACACAGAGCACUGAUGCUGUCAAUGACAUAGCAAAGGCUCAUGCUGAAAAUCGCCAGUAAAACAAAGAAGUUUAAAGACUGGCAGGUACAACGUUAUCACAUAAGUGCUGUCAGUACUAAGUCGUGGGGAUCAAGGAGACUGGAUAUUUUUAGCACGAUGUGCAUGAUAAUUUAUAUGCUUGGUGGCUGUGCUGCUGAUUAAGCCGUAAUUAAAUUCUUCUCAUCCCAUUGGAGUUUUUAAUAGGAGCUUCCUCCAUCAAUUGGCAGAACCCAAAGAAGAUUUUAUGAGGGGCAAAAGUAAUCACAAUACAAUAAUUCAAAGUCGUUUCACUAGCAGAGGGAAUAGUUAUUGAAGUCUAUGGAGAAACUGUAGGUGCAGUGGUGAACACUCACUGAUAUGAGUCCCAGAAAUUUUUUUUAUGAGUUUAAUGUUCUUUUUACUCCCAUAUAAGUAAUUUAUAGAAAUACACUCUAAUUGGACACGUGUUAGCUGUGGGUCUAUAAUUUGCUGCAGGUUUCUUACUCUGAAGUUUGUCCCUUUGGUCAGGUAAAGUGCCACAGUUUUUCAGGGUGCAAGGAUGCCCCAAUAGUACCACUCUGAUUACAGUUCUCAGUUAAUUGAUUUACUCAUGUUGCAUGACAAAAUGUUUACUACUAAUAAUUCAAUAUAAAGUUCAGUCCCUCUUCACUCUGCUCCUCUUUCUCACUGAGGUUCACUUGACUUUCCUCAUGAGAUCUUAGUAGAGGACAACGUGGGUGCAGAACCUAGGGGAGUCAACAGCUGGAGGGUUUGUCUUUCACACAUGUGCAAUUUCAAUGAAUUGUCUAAGACCACAGGAAACUCUGAAUCCCCUAUUGUUUACCAGUAAUAUCAGUAUACCACAGACCUUUCCAAAUGUUUGUAUAUGUAAUCAGAUGUACAUUUAUAUUAAAAAUUGAGAUGGACUUAAAGAGCACAUCCUGAUAAAUGAUUUCUCUCUUAUCUGUACUAUAUUUCUAUUAGACUAAAGUUAUGUGAUUUUUUUUUACCUUUUUUCAGAUGACUAGCAAUUUUGAUAGUUUGUAAGAUAACGCAAAGGACUUUCUCUGACUAACUGAAGUAACAGAAACCUUUCUUUCCAGCUACUCUUUUUCAAGAAUUGAAAGCUUAUUAUACAAAAGAAAACACUUGUAUACUACUUGAUGGGAAGGACUUUGUGUAUCUAUCUUGACCACAUCAGUGGUUCUUGGGUGAAAUAAAGAUAAUCUGGAUAAUGAUGAUUAGUCAAAUGCUAAGCGACAUGGUCUUUGCUCAUUAAAGAGCUAAAAUGUUUA